AGUAGAAAAAAAGAAAAAAGAAGGAAAUGAAAUGAAAUUGAGGAUGGGGAGUGGAGUAGUGGUUUCACUAUUUUGUUCAACAACACCACCAUUAUUUAUCUCAUCUUCUUCUUCUUCUGCUCAGCUAAGAUUGAAACCACCAUCAUCAUCAUCUCUUGGUGCUAGGGUUUGUUGUCACAUGGCCCACGCAGCAUCAUCCAUCACCACUCCUUCUCCUUCUCCUUCUCCUUCCUCAGCAAUUGAUUUUCUCUCGAUUUGUCAUCGCCUGAAGACAACAAAACGAGCAGGAUGGUUGCGAAAAGAGGUUCAGAAUCCGGAAUCUAUAGCUGAUCAUAUGUAUCGCAUGGGUUUGAUGGCUCUCAUUGCUCCUCAUUUUCCUGGCGUCGACCGAGAUAAGUGUGUCAAAAUGGCUAUUGUUCAUGAUAUUGCAGAAGCAAUUGUUGGGGACAUAACCCCGAUAGAUGGAAUUCCAAAAGAAGAAAAAAGCCGACGAGAACAAGAAGCACUGGAUCAUAUGUGUAAAGUGCUUGGAGGUGGAUCUAGAGCCAAAGAAAUUGCUGAGUUGUGGACGGAAUAUGAAGCAAAUUCUUCUCCAGAAGCCAAAUUUGUCAAGGACCUUGAUAAGGUGGAGAUGAUCCUUCAAGCCUUGGAAUAUGAAGAAGAACAAGAGAAGGAUUUGGAUGAAUUUUUCCGGUCAACUGCUGGUAAAUAUAAAGGUCCGUCGUUGGAAAAGUCCAUAAUAGGGGCUCCACAUUAAUUGUCAUGUGUGCAGAUAUCUAACAGAGGUGGAAAGGGAAUAAAGGGAAGUUCCAGACUGAAAUCGGCAAAACGUGGGCAGCAGAGAUUGUGUCAAGAAGGAAUAAAACUAAUGAUUCUAGUCAUUCUAAUUCCACUAAAUAGUGUCUGGCUAUAAAAGGGAAAAAAGAAAAAAAAGGGGUUAUGGUGUUUUUAAUUCAUUUGGAUGAUAUAUGUCAUUGUUUAAAUAUGGUUCUUUUGAAGCAUGGUGUAAUUUGCAAAAUGCACUAUUGUGGUAACAGUGGGAAACUGUGCUGAUUGUCAUAAAUGGAGAACUAGCAUGUAGCAGACAAUUUCACAGGAAGAGAUAAUAUCAUCUAACUGAAUAUCAAAUUUAUUCAUUAGGCCUCACUGGAAUAUUUGAACUAUUCUGUAUUUGACGAAAGAUAAUCAAUUAUUUUACAUUUACAUGAAAAUUCGUCAUGCUGGUAAA